CCUCCGCCAAACUCAGAGCCUGUCAGAUCAUUUUCCUGCAUAGCUUACCGCGUUAUCAGUCGUCACGACGUCGUUUUCCUUUUCUCUUCUCCGUCUUCUUCCUCGUUGUCGUCGUCAUAUUUCCGCCAUGGAUUCUUGCAGCAAAUCUGCUCGCAACUCUGCUUCUCCUUUCGAUUGCAUCCUCUUCGAUUUGGAUGACACUCUGUAUCCAACCAACACCGGAAUAGGCGAAUCGCUCAAGAAAAACAUUGACGAUUUUCUGGUGGAGAAAUGUGGAUUCCCUGAGAGCAAAGCGUCAAGUCUCCGAAUCGAACUGUUCAGAACCUACGGCAGCUCCCUUGCCGGCUUGCGAGCAUUAGGCUAUGAUAUUAGUGCAGAUGAUUACCACAGUUUCGUGCACGGAAGGCUUCCCUACCACUCCAUCAAACCAGAUAUUCAAUUGCGCAACCUCCUUUGUAGCAUUAAGCAAAGAAAAAUUAUUUUCACGAAUUCAGAUAGGAUUCAUGCGGUGAAGGCGUUGGAUCGACUGGGGAUAAGUGACUGCUUUGAGCAGAUCAUAUGUUUUGAGACCAUGAACCCGAAUCUUCCUAACUCAACCCGCCCGGAUGAGUACCCGAUCCUUUUGAAGCCAUCACCGGAUGCCUUUAAGAUUGCUCUCGACGCAGCCAACAUUGAUCCUCGCCGUACGCUAUUUCUAGAUGAUAAUGUUCGCAAUGUGGCAGGAGGAAAAGCAAUGGGUCUCCACACAGUUCUGGUUGGAAAGACUGUGAAAUGUGAAGGAGCAGAUUAUGUAGUGGAGAGUAUGAAUAAACUAAGACAAGUGGUACCUGAAAUAUGGGUAGGCAGAAAUGAGGGAGAGCAUAAAAGGAUCCAACGUUCCAAGAGCGAACUGGAUGCUAUUCUUACCACUACAGCAAUUGGAGCAUAGGCCAAUCUGUGUCCAGUAUACAUAUUCCACUCUACCAAAUCAGCCAUGUUGAUAAAUAAUAAAUACAAUUGUACUCACAGUGUCCAGGGAAAGUCACCCGAUUGUAUUUAUCAAGUCAUGCGGGUGUUGUAUAGGUUAACCUUAUCCCACCAAAUGUGAACAAAUAAAUAAAUAUGGUGAAUUUACUUUGCACUAGUUUGUACAUUUUGGAAUUUUAAUUCUGUGGACAAUAAAACUUUGGUUAUUUUGUUA